CUUGUCUUUCCAGCGUUUUGACACAUUUCUCCAUUCACUUCUCCACAUCAUCGCUGGCAAGCUUGCUCUGACAAAUCCGUCUUUGUCUUUCUUUCAUCGAUGUGACGCUGCACUCCUCGGUUGCGCUAUAUUCUCCGCCGCCUCACCCUCGCCUCGAAACUUAGCAUCAACACUCACCCCACCACAGUACUCUGUUCUACAUUGUCCACUGCCUGACAGUACCUCCCUUCUUUGUUCCGCCGGUUUCAUUUCAUCGACAAGUACCCAACAGCUCGGUCUCGCCCGGCUCCGGACGAGCACGAGCCACAAGCCGCAUUCAAGACGACGUCUCACGGCCAGAAACGCAAGGCGCCAUCUGACACCGAUUCUACCGCACAUCUCAUAAAGAAGAGGUCUAGUAAGCUGGACAGUGUCAGGGACACAGAUAUCGUGAAGAGCGCGGGCACUGCGGAGCUGCCAGCUACGCCUCAGACCACAGGUUCCGGCAUGGAUUCGGACGAUGACAUGCGUAGUGUACAGAGUAGUGACGACGAUUUUAUGGAUGGGGGCGAUAGCCCGUUUAGCGUUGAUGAUGAUGACGACUCAGAUAUAGAUCUGGAUGACGGCAUCGGCUUUGAAGCCCAAGACAAGGACAUAUAUCCAGCCAAGAAAUCCUAUGAGGUCGACUUUGAUGUAUUCGGUCCUGAGCAGAUUCAGGCGCACCAGGACAGGCAGGUUGAGGAAGUCUCAAAUAUCCUGGGACAACCUACAGAAUCCACAGCUAUACUCCUCCGAUACGCAAAAUGGAACAAAGAACGAUUGAUAGAAUCCUACAUGGAUAGACAAGAUGAAGUACUGGAAGCCGUUGGGCUCGGUUCGGAUGCCAAUGUUCCCAGGAAAAUUACAAAAGUCAAGGGAUUCAUAUGUGACAUAUGUUGCGAAGAUGACGCCGAUUUGGACACUUUCGCUAUGAAAUGUGGGCAUCGCUUUUGUGUAGACUGCUAUAAACAAUAUUUGUCGCAAAAGAUCAAAGAGGAGGGAGAGGCAGCGCGCAUCAAAUGCCCUGGAGAUGGCUGCAAUCGCACAGUCGAUUCAAAGUCGCUAGACCUUCUUGUCGGCCAUGACUUGCACGCUAGGUACCACGAACUUCUCACCCGCACCUAUGUCGACGACAAGGAUAAUCUGAAGUGGUGUCCGGCCCCGAACUGUGUAUACGCCAUAGACUGCAAAGUCAAGGCGCGAGACCUGAUGCGAAUAGUGCCGACCGUCCUCUGCAAAUGCGGCCAUCCCUUUUGCUUCGGCUGUACUCUCGCUGACCAUCAACCUGCACCUUGCGCGCUUGUCAAGAAGUGGCUCAAGAAGUGUGAAGACGAUUCCGAGACGGCAAAUUGGAUAUCGGCAAACACAAAAGAAUGCCCCAAAUGCGGCUCCACGAUCGAGAAGAAUGGUGGUUGCAACCACAUGACGUGCCGGAAAUGCCGCCACGAGUUCUGCUGGAUGUGCAUGGGGAUCUGGUCCGAGCACGGAACCAGCUGGUACAACUGCAACCGUUUUGAAGAAAAGUCCGGCCACGACGCCCGUGAUGCACAGGCCAAGUCCCGUCAGUCGCUUGAGCGCUACUUGCACUACUACAAUCGCUAUGCAAACCAUGAGCAGUCGGCAAAACUUGACAAGGACAUCUACCUCAAGACGGAGAAGAAGAUGACACAGUUGCAGGUUACAGCCAGCAUGUCGUGGAUCGAAGUGCAGUUUCUCGAGAGUGCAAGUCAGGCCCUGCAGCAGUGCCGGCAGACGCUGAAGUGGACGUAUGCGUUCGCCUAUUACCUUGCGCGCAACAACCAGACGGAAAUCUUCGAGGAUAACCAGAAGGACCUCGAGAUGGCGGUGGAGAAUCUGUCGGAGAUGUUUGAGAAGAGCGUCGACCAGUUAGCCGGGCUGAAGGUCGACAUGUUGGACAAGACGAGCUAUUGCAACCGCAGACGGGUCAUUCUAUUGGAGCACACGGCAAAUGAUCUCAAGGCUGGCAAUUGGGAAUUCAAUGUUACGCUGACAUGAUGAAGCCGAUUUCCUCCCAUCCUAGCCACUCUGGCUUCAGCAAGGAGUUUUGGUAUCUUACUACAACUUUCAUCUCGCCUCACUUAUUAUGCUCUGUUUUCUUUUUGUUAAAGGAGUAUUUACUCUUGCAUGUCCGGAGCUCUAUGAUUUUUUUUGUGCACGGGAUCAUGGGGAUGGCUGGGAAGCUUGCAUUACACGAACCAGACCUCGAUCGGGGGAGUCCGGUGGGACUACGAUGGUCUGACUUGCAUUUUUUAUCUUUCGACUGCGGAGCGUGUGGGAUAGUCAAACGGCACAGUAUUGUUCGGUCCGGAAGCGAAUAGGGGUCGGGGAGCAGUAUAUGCUAGCAUUAGUAGCGUCAGACAGACCGCAAUGAGACAGACAGAAGACAGUCAGACAGCCAGACGACAGACAGACAAUCAUUUCGUGAUUAUU